AUGAAGUCUGCGCUUGGAGUGCUCGUUCUGGCCCUGACCACUAGCCGUGCAGUCUGCGCACCGGCGCGGCGAUCACAGGCCCUGUUGAAGAAGUUCUCUUCGCUGGUGAUCUUCGGUGACAGCUACACCGAUGACGGCGUCUAUUCGUACACCCCACCAGUGGCAGCGCAGUCAACCGACGAAUGGGACGGAGGCCGCGCAUGGCCGAGUUACGUCCAGCAGUACACGGGGGUCAACCUCUACGACUACGCCGUGGCAGGCGCGGUCUGCGACUCCGUGGAGGCCGACACCUCGCGCAACGGGGUGAAACAGGACCAGCUCCCCAAGUUCCUCGCCGACAAUGAGUAUGUCAACAAGACCACCGGCCAGACCGCCCUCAUCAACCGGCCCGCCGAGACCGUCUACGCGAUCUGGAUUGGCACCAACGACCUGGGGCCCGGCAGCUUUCUCACCGAGGAGCAGCCCGCCGGCAUGGCGCUGACCUACUUCACCGACUGCGUGUACACGCAACUCGACCGGCUGCACGCCGCCGGCGCCCGCAACUUCGUCCUGAUGAACCUCGUCGCCCUCGAGCUGGCCCCGGAAUACGCCACCCCGCAGAACGGGGGCCUCCCCACGGGGGAGUACUGGACGGACAAGUCCACGUACGACCCCAACAUCACGCAGUCGAGCGAGAAGAUGCGCCAGUACUCGACGCUGGUGAACGCGGUGUUCAACUAUCAGACGCCGUACGAGGUGCAGAUCGCCCAGCGGUAUCCGCAGAGUAGCUUUGCGCUCUACGACACGCAUGCUUUGACGACGGAUAUCUGGGAGAACCCGUCCCAGUACCUGAACGGCACUGCGCCGCUCAACGUCACCAGCUCGAUCUAUCGGUGUGGCUCCGCCUGCAGCUCAGGUGCGGUCCGGGACAGCUAUAUGUGGUGGAACGACCUCCAUCCGUCCGAGCAGACGGAUCGCAUCAUUGCGCGGGAGUUUGUGAAUGUGGUCAAGGGACAGAGCAAGUGGGCCAAGUAUUGGAGAAGCUAA